GGGCGGAGUCACAGCGUGCCUGGACCGCCCUGCUGGGUGCGGUGCGGCUGUGCGUGGUGGCCUGCUGGCCUGCUAGCUAGAAUGUGAUUUCAUAUUGGACAAUCUUGCCCAAACCUGAUUACAGUGUAACCAGAUAUAAAAUUGCAUGAGGCUGGAGCACAUGAGUUCCCAGUAGAGUACAAAGAUCAAUGUUGCAAGAGGACAUUGGAUUCCUUCUCCACUCCUGGGACACAGUUUCCGUGGGCUGUCACCAACUAAACUGGUCCUGGAGGAGUGGCUCUUUAAGAAGCAGAAUCCAAGGUGAAGAGAGACCACGAUGUCUGGUGGAGACCAGGAGCCAGGUCACUGCUAUGUGGGCAUCGAUGUUGGAACAGGUAGUGUCCGUGCAGCUCUGGUGGACCAGAGAGGUAUCGUUCUGGCUUUCGCAGAACAGCCAAUUAAGAAGUGGGAGCCCCAGUUCAACCACCAUGAGCAGUCCUCAGAGGACAUUUGGGCAGCAUGUUGCCUUGUCACAAAGAAAGUUGUUCAAGGGAUUGAUGUACACCGAAUCCGAGGACUUGGGUUUGAUGCCACGUGUUCUUUGGUUGUGUUGGAUAAACAGUUUCAUCCCUUACCAGUGAACCAUGAAGGGGAUUCCUACCGAAACGUUAUUAUGUGGCUGGACCAUCGAGCAGUCAGCCAGGUUCAGAGAAUCAACAAGACCAAGCAUGGUGUCCUUCAGUAUGUGGGUGGUGUGAUGUCUGUGGAGAUGCAGGCUCCAAAGCUCCUCUGGCUGAAGGAGAACUUGAGAGAGACUUGCUGGGACAAGGCGGGACAUUUCUUUGAUCUCCCAGACUUCUUAUCAUGGAAAGCAACAGGUGUCACAGCACGGUCUCUUUGUUCCUUGGUCUGUAAAUGGACGUACUCAGCAGAGAAAGGCUGGGAUGACAGCUUCUGGAAGAUGAUUGGUUUGGAAGAUCUCAUUGGUGAUAAUUACAGCAAAAUAGGAAAUCUCGUGCUGCCUCCUGGAACUUCUCUUGGAAGUGGACUCACACCAGAGGCAGCCAAAGAGCUGGGUCUUCCCUCGGGGAUUGCUGUGGCAGCCUCACUCAUUGACGCCCAUGCAGGAGGACUAGGAGUGAUUGGAGCAGAUGUGAGAGGUCAUGGCCUCAUCUGUGAGGGACAGCCAGUGAUCAGGCUGGCUGUAAUCUGUGGAACAUCAUCUUGUCACAUGGGGAUCAGCAAAGAUCCGAUUUUUGUACCAGGUGUCUGGGGACCUUAUUUCUCAGCCAUGGUCCCUGGCUUCUGGCUGAAUGAAGGUGGUCAGAGUGUGACUGGGAAAUUGAUAGACCAUAUGGUGCAGGGCCAUGCUGCCUUUCCUGAACUACAAGCCAAGGCCGCAGCCAGAUGCCAGAGUAUAUAUGCAUAUUUGAACAAUCACCUGGAUCUGAUUAAGAAGGCUCAGCCUGUGGGUUUCCUCACUGUUGAUUUACAUGUUUGGCCAGAUUUCCAUGGCAACCGAUCUCCCUUAGCAGAUCUGACUCUAAAGGGCAUGGUCACUGGAUUGACACUGUCUCAGGACCUUGAUGAUCUUGCCAUCCUCUACCUGGCCACUGUUCAAGCCAUUGCUUUUGGGACUCGUUUCAUCAUCGAGGCCAUGCAGGCAGCAGGGCACUCUCUCAGUACCCUCUUCUUAUGUGGAGGCCUAAGCAAGAAUCCCCUUUUUGUGCAGAUGCAUGCUGACAUUACUGGUAGUCGGGUAAAAACAGGACCAGACUGUGAUUCUGCUGCUGACCUGGGUUUCCGGACCUUCCCUUUGGUACUCUCUGAUGAUGCCUGCCCUCUUCAAGGCAUGCCUGUGGUCCUGUCACAAGAGGUGGAGUCUGUCCUCGUGGGUGCUGCUAUUCUGGGUGCUUGUGCCUCCGGGGACUUCACAUCUGUGCAGGAGGCAAUGGCAAGAAUGAGCCAAGUGGGGAAAAUUGUGUUCCCAAGACAGGAGGAUAAAAAAUAUUAUGACAAGAAAUAUCAAGUAUUUCUGAAGAUGGUGGAGCACCAGAGGGAGUAUUCGGCAAUCAUGAAUGGAAACUGAACAGCAUUUGUGGGUACCAACCCAUAAAGACUCUGUGUUGUUUGUCAGGAGUCUCUGUGUAUUCAUUUUAUAGUCCAUGCCCCGUAGGUGUCAUUUUGGCAUGGCUGUCUUACCUUCUAAUAAAAACUUUGACACGCACAAGCAUAA